AUGGCCGCGUCUUCAGAUGGUUUCAUUGAUCGCCGAGAGCAGUUUAAAAACAAGAAAAAAUCGAAAUCUUACCAAUACAUGAAACCCGUUUCAAUUGAUAUAGAAGAUGAAGACAUUAACAGACUUGAUGUGAUAUCCGGUUCACCAUCGUGCGGUCGAUUUAACAUGAGGAGUCAGUCUAACCCAGACAUACAAUACGUGAUGCACAACGCCAUUUUAAGAGAAGAUUUGGAAACUCUUGAACGAGUAUUGGAAGAUGACAAAUUGAUGAUUAAUAGUAGGUCAUCGGACGGAAUGACUGGAUUACAACAAGCUUGUUCGCUGGGUAACUUAGCUUGUGUAAAACUACUUGUUGAAGCUGGAGCUGAUUUGUUGUUAACAACAAAAGAUGGACGCACGGCCCUGCAAAUAGCGAGUGGGGUGAACUUUGAGGUCGCAGAAUACCUGCUGUCAAAAGGUGCGCAAGAUGAGGAUAUUAAAGAUGGUGUACAAAGUUGA